AUGGAAUAGGUUCAAGAAUUAAGUCAAGCAAAUAGAUAGACUUGGUCACCCAAUAACUCUAACUUACAAGAACUCAUCAACCUAUAAAACUUACUUUGGAGGACUCAUCACUUUGGGAAUUUAGUUAUUAAUAUCUAUCUUCUUCAUAUUUUAGUUGAUCUAUUAUCAAACACUGAUCCCAUUUAUAUAAAUAGGACUAAUUUUGAUAUUGGACUUUAAUUCUUUAAAAAUGGUGAACAAGAAUUCGAAGAAAAUAUUUACUAAUACUUCUCAAUAUCUUAUUAAAUUGUAGAAUAAUAUGAGGAAAAAUUGAAAAGAAUGCCAGUUUAAAUUGAUAAAUGCGGUUAAGAUAGGUUUGGUUCAAACUAAGGAGCUAAAUAUGAUGUUAUUAAUUAAUACAUUUGUCUCGAAAAAUCCUUCAAUUAUAAGAUGUAUGGAUCGGAAUUUAGUAAGCAAAGCUAAGCAAUAGUCGCUUUGGUCAGUAAAUGCAAAUAAGAAGAUCUGGAUUCUAUGUUCCCAGGUAAAAAUUUGAAAUGUAAAAAUGAAACAGAAAUUUCCAAAGAAACUCUAACAACAAAUGUAUAAUUGAUUUACAUGUUCUAGAGCUUUGAUGAAAAUGACUACUCUCAACCUAUAAAGAAUUAAUUAAGUUCAUUUAUGUUCGGUCUUAAGGAUAAAAAGAGAAUUAUGUCUGUAAAAUCGAUAAAAAGAAAUUUUGCUUAAACCAAGGAUUCCUUUUUUUCAAGCCACCUUGAUUAUAAGGAGAGAUAAUUUUUUACUACUAAGAGUGAGUACGACUUUGAGUCCGCAGCAUACAAUGAUGUUCUUUUAGCAAUUAGAUUUUUUAUAUCAAACCAGUCAGAAACUGUCUAGAGGCAGGCUUUUAGCAUUCUUGAUGCAAUCACCGCUACUGGAGGCUUUAUGAGUGUGAUAUUUGUAAUUGCUUAAAUAUUAGUUGGUGGUAUUCAAAAGAAUCUCUUUUUUCAAAGUCUAAUUAAGAAAAGCUAUUUAGUCUAUAAUAACGAAGACCAGAAUAAAAACUCAAUAAGCAAUUCUUUCCAAGAAUAGGAAUUCCAGCAUUAAAUUAAACAAGACAGUAAUUUUAACUCUCGAGAUAAGGUUAUUGAUCAAGAUGAAGUAGGUAAAAUUUAAAAUUCAUAGAUAUCAGAGUGGUUUGAAGACUAAAAAUUUAACUAGAACGAGAGCAAUUUGAAAGUUACUUUAGAUGAAUCUCUAUAUAAUGCCACUGGAAAUUCUUCAAUACUUGUAGCUCAAAUAGUAGAAUUCAUUUUAAGGCUAAACUAAUUUCAAUUUAAUUACUACCGUAGCAAAUUCUUAAACUUCUUCAAAGCAUUUAAAUCAAACCCUUCGUUGAUUUCAAAGUAGCAUCGAAUAAAUAUCUAUCAUUUCGAGAUAGGCUAAAAGCGAUUGGAAUAAUAAUUAGAUAUCAGAAAAAUACUUCAAUAGCUCAAGAAUUUUGAGCUUUUAUAAGGCGUAAUGACAUCAAAGUAUUAAUAAUAACUAUUUCCUUUUCUCCCUUAAAAUAUUUUGAACAUUGAAAAAUAAAUAAAGGUGGAGCCUGACAUAUUUGGUUUUAAAAUUCCAUUCCAAAAUUUGACCAUGUAGAAAUCAAAGAUUAGAAUUUAAGAUAAUGAUUUAGAGAGAAUUAAAUAGUUGAAGUAAUGUGUGAAAUAACUAGAAAUUUAGCAACAUAAAAACAAAGUAGAUUAAAGAUUAUUUAAAAAUUUGCUUUAAUCAAGAGAAAUUUGCUUGAAUAAUAAUACCAAUGCUUUUGAAAUGAGUCCAAAUAAAAUGAAUAAAAAAGCCUAAAUUAAAAGUAUUUCAGUGAAAGCUGUAAAAGCUUUAUACCAAAAUAAUUUGUUUAAAGAAGUUGAUAAACAGUAAAAUUUGUGA